CCUCCCCUCCAACGGACUCAAGUCACCACUCCAGGAGGUGAAGAUCGAGGGGGGAUUUGUCUCUGUCGAAGGACAGAGAAAAAGUUUUCCCUUUUUUAAAGUGCAGUUAAAGCAGAUAGACAAAGUGGGAGAGCCCAGAGGCGGUGCAAGGGGGAGACUUUCCAAGGAGAGAGAGCGCAGUUGGACCUAAACUCGUCCUAAGUCCAGCCCGAACCUCCUCUCCACUUGCACGACAAACUCAACUCCCGAAAUAGGUAACCCUCCUAAACAGCUCUUUUUGGACUAUUUAUUUACUCGCGGGGGGGAAACAAUGUUGGCGCGUUGUGAUUAUAGUCGCUUUUAAAAGCAAAGAGUUCAAGGAAAAUCUAGGGGGGGGGAAACGUUUUCCCUGGUCCAUUUCCACCGCUUUUUUGUUUGUGAAUGGUGGAGUAAUUUGUCUGCUGACAGCGCCAAUUGUCCCGCACAAGUCAACAAUCCAAGUUACUGGCUCCAUCGCAAUCAAAGCAGCUCAGAUGGACCUGAGAUAACAUCAGCAGCCAGUUCCCCCCCCCACCCUGCGUCCUGGUCUUCUUGUGGACCUGAAACCCCACAAUGGCAGAUCCCACCGGGCUUAGCUCCGAGUCGGCGGGGACCGGCACAGCCGAGGUCGACGCCUGCAGCUUGGAGAUCGAGAGGAAGUAUGACAUCAUCCCGGCUGUCAUCUGCUCCAUGUGUUGCCUCUUUGGCAUCAUCUACUGCUUCUUUGGUUACCGCUGCUUCAAGGCAGUCAUGUUUCUGUCGGGUCUGAUGUUCGGCUCGGUCAUCAUCUUCCUGCUGUGCCACAAAGAGCACGUACUGGACACUCAGCUCAGCGUGGAGGCCAGCGCCGGCAUCGGCCUCGGUAUCGGCCUGCUCUGCGGCCUGGUCACCAUGAUGGUGCGCAGCGUGGGCCUCUUCAUGACGGGCCUCCUGCUGGGCCUCCUCUUGGCUCUGGCCGCCCUGCUGCUCACUCUGCAGUUCUGCACGCCCACCACGGUGUGGGUGCCUCUGGGCACGCUCCUGGGAUCGGGCAUGCUGUUUGCCGUCCUGACGCUGCAGUGGCAGAAGCUCUUCACCGUCCUCUCCACGGCGGUGUUUGGCGCCGCCAUCAUGACAGUGUGCACCGACUAUUUUGUGGAGAUGCUGGCUUUGGCCACGCACGUGUACGGCUGCCUGCGCCUCACGCCCGGCCCGCCUCUCUGCUGGUACAGCUUGGUCAUUCUGGGCAUCUGGCCCACCCUCAGCCUCAUCGGAGUUCUGGUCCAGUGGAAACUGACGGACGGCAAAUUCUCCCACACGGAGGUGGUUUUAAGUCGGCGUCAGAAGAGAGUACAGCUGAUGCGAAUUCGCGAGAAGGACGCCAGGAAGCGACAGCAGGCAGGUGGGCAGGAAGGCACGUACCGCCGUAAGGCCACCCCAGUGAAACGUUACGCUGGGGACCUUCUGGCACCGGUCAGUGUCACCCGACAUGAGCUACCUGCAAAGUCUGCGGGACAGACAAAUGGGCACCGGCACCUCCCUUAGCAGCCAGAGCACCACCAACCACACUAUGAUCGACUUGGACUGUGACAUGGGCUCCACGGUGCCCCUCACAGCUACAACCCCCGUCGUCAGGGUCUGAGCCACGCGACCAUUUUUAAACGAGAGCGAGAAAAAAAAAGGGACAUUCUGGUUGUGUUCCAUGCUGAAGAUGUUCUGAAGAACUUUGGAGCAUGUUUUGUCAUUGAUCUGCGUGCAAAUAGAAGAUAAUAGGUGGAGAGGGAUGCUGGUUUUUUUGUUUAAUUGGAAAAAGCCACUACAUUACAGUGCUUUUCAGAGGGGCAAAACUGAGCCACACAAGGUCCUCCUCAUAGUCUCUUGAAGUCAUAACAGAACCUGAUGUGCAUUUCUCUCAGAUUGUUAAUCUGACAUGUACUGUACUUCAAAAGUUAGUCGCAUUGCCAUGUUUUCCUUUGUCACCGUUUAACAUUGAAGGAUGUGAGUUUAUUUUCUUUAGCCGCAGUGAUGCAGGAGAGUGAAGUAAGACUACAAAUGUGUCAAAAUGAAGCAAAAACGAAAUGUUACCAUCAUUGGUGAUUGCGUACAAUUUUUAGCUGCAUUCUUACUUUUAUGUGAAGUUGAAGUCUACGUGUGCUUGUCAAAGGUUAUAAUUUAUUUGUCAUACAACCAACUACGCAAUAGUGAUAAUGGUUUGAAAAAGUGUGUUUUUUAAUUUAGUAGCUCUUAUCCUGUUGACUCUAGCAGGGACAUUUCAAUGUGUUGCCUGAAUAUGUACAUACGUGUUGAUAGAAAUGAAUAAUAAAAUCCAUGUGUUUGAUACUUAA